CAGUUUUGGUGAAGGGAAGCACAAGCGAAGUUGUGAUGAUGGCAACACACUCUUUAGGACGCGUCUGUACUUUGACGAAAUGGGACGUGAGCCUCCAGAUAUGGGGCGAAAUGCAGUAGCCAAAAAUUCUUGGGUAUUGAAGCGAAGUAUUGAACAUCUCGCAGCGUGUGUACUCCUUCUCCUCUUUCAGUCUUUGGAUCACGUCCGAUUCUCAUAAACGCGAGAUUUUUGCUAUCGUAGCCGCUGAUGAACAUGUGCUUCCAGAUCGGUGAGGUGAUGCAGGUGGCUGCAUAUUCGGGCUGGCAGCUCUAUGCAUCCUUUGUGGCGCAGUUCUCGACCUCAGUUUGUCCCACCUUGACACGGGCUGAGCUAAAGCAACACAGCCCAGUGUUUAUAUCCUUCGUUCUCUCCAUUCUGACUUUUGUAUUUUUUUUUUUGCUCUGGGUGAAUCUGCACAAGUCGUUGUAUAAACAAGUAUUUCUGACCGCGCGUGUGUCUCUGAGGGGAAUACCAGCACGGUUCCCUGCAAGAACGAAGAAAACAGACAUCAUCUUGAGCUUCUCGGACCCGGCUCUUCAGGCUUGAAGAGUGAAGGGAGCAAGAUGCCAGAAGGUCUCAAACUCACGUACAUGCUCCCGCCAAAUCUAUCACUCGUCCCAGACCGCGACAUAAAGCUCGGCCAGCUUCUACCGCUAUCAUACGACAAGCCUCGGUUGCCAGAUCCCGAGUCCAAUCUCACAGACUCUCCAGAUUACGUUUACCCGGACCCAAGUCUCAUCAAACACGAAGUCGAAGAACCCUGGGAGUAUGGCGAAGGCUACAAGAAAGCAGUCUCGGGUGGUGUCUGGGCCGAUAUCCCAGUCCUAACAGCGAUCUGUGGAUCUCUAGGCUUCCAGCGAUCCGGAGGCGAGGAUAUCACAGUGGAAGCCAAAAAGGUCGAGACGAGUUGGUUUAGUCCCAGUGCCAAGUAUCUCGCCACGGCGCUGCAGCAGCCUACAGCAAGCGAGCAUUUGCUGCAGGAUCCGAAAGCACCGGUGUUCAUGGUGACGGGCUUGAAGGUUGCUUAUGAUGCUUCGAUAACUUUUGGAAAAGAGAAGUCGAAGGAGUUCCAUGGCAGUGUCGGUGCGGAUCUCACGGCUGUUGGAGCUCCGGUCAAAGUAGGGCCAGAGGCUGCUUUCAGUCGGUCUCGCGAGGUGCAUUUUCGUACGCACAAGGAUGGGCCUUUUGUGCUUGCGUAUCAGUUGAAGCGGAUCCGGCAGAAGAGAGAUGGGUCGUUGGAAGUCAAGGGCUACAACUCCCGCGCUUUCCUCUUCGACGAUGAGCUUCCGACUGCUGAGACCGAAUUUGAAACUCUGUGGGUAGUCGAUGAAGUGACAUCGGAGAUGGUGCUCGAUGAAGAAUGA